CACCUUCUAAAACAAGAUAAUCUUAUUUUGAACCUAAAUCUCAACUAUGGACAAGCACCCAGGCUCCAACACGAUCAACCCCGCAUCCUACCAUGGGAAUCCGGCCGCACGGUGUUCGGACCGAGGAGUUGGCGGUCCGUGUCCGCACAGCCUGGGCUCAGAGGCAGGCACCGCAGGCAGCCGUGGUGGGGUGUCCGGGGACAGCGCGUCUACUCCGCAUCAAACACACAAGCGGCGCCUGGAGGGGGUCCUCAAUAAAUACACCAACCUGCUACAGGGAUGGCAGAACAGGUAUUUUGUGUUGGAUCCGGACAUGGGUCAGCUGCAGUACUUUGUGAAUGAGCACAGUAAGAAUCAGAAGCCUCGGGGAUCUCUGCCUCUCAUAGGGGCCUCUGUGGCCCUCAGCGAUGAGCUACCACACAUGUUCACGGUCCACUCUGCCACUGGAGAGGCCUACAAACUCAGAGGUAUGGCUUUGGCAUGGGAACAGCAGCUGUGGAUGAGUCAGAUGCAGCUCUGUGCCCGGCGCCCCUCUGACUCCAGUGCAAAGGCUACCUCCUCUUCCUCCACCUGCUUCACCACCUCCUCCUCCACCCAGGGCCGGACACUCAGCUUCUCCGUGCUCCCUCCUCCACUCAGCCACCGCCACCCUGCCCCGCCCAUCGCCUCCUCCUUCACCUCCUCCUCACCUGGUACCCAGAGAAAACCUCUCUACCCUGGGGUUGGAGGGGUCGUCACCAUCACCCAUCACAGAUCCCCUGCUGCGGCCCGCCGGGCCAGGACCCAGGACAACCAGAACUACCACCCUGCUCCAGGGAGACUGAGCCAGGUCAAAGAGGUGAUGAGCCAGGCAGAGGGCCAACAGAAGAACCUGGUUAACUCCAUAGAGUCCCUGCCCUCCCGUGGUCCUCUGUCCUCCUUAGACCAGGACCUUCUUCUCCUCAAGGCCACGUCAGCAGCUACCCUCUCCUGUCUGGGGGAGUGUCUCCACAUGCUGCAACACAAUGUCAGCCAGGCCGCGCAGCAUGUCACCCUGGGUCGGUCAGACAGCCAGGACCGGAGUCAGAGUCCCAUCCACAAACAGACGUCCAGCCAGAGUAACAGCAACAUCUCCAGUCAGACUCACAACCACAACCACAACCAGUUCAAGAAGCAGAUGAGCCUGGAUCCCAACCAUGUUCCCACCGCACCAACAGACAGCUUCGCAGGAUGGUCUAGAUCUCCCUCAGAGAAGCAGGUGACCAGUAGAGGAGGGACACCUCUUCCACAUGUUCCCUCUCCAGCACACAUCAACAAGGAGGUCAGCAACUCUACAGAAACCCAGAGCAAGGGACCACCGGUUGCAUGUCAACCCAACAACCCCCAGCAGGCUCCUCCCACCCCAGAGUCUAUAGACCCCAGUGAAGAGAUGACAGACACAGAGGACAACGAGGAAGAGGACCUGGGAGUCAGAGAGGACCAACGGAACAUUAUCCUUCACCUGCUGUCGCAGCUCAAACUGGGCAUGGACCUCACACGGGUGGUACUCCCUACCUUUAUCCUGGAGAAGCGUUCCCUCCUAGAGAUGUACGCUAACUUCAUGGCUCACCCAGACAUGUUCCUGACCAUCACCAUGGGAACCACCCCAGAGGAGCGCAUCGUCCGAUUCGUGGAAUACUACCUGACCGCCUUUCACGAGGGGCGCAAGGGUGCCGUGGCCAAGAAACCCUACAACCCCAUCCUAGGAGAGAGUUUCAGGUGUUCCUGGGACGUCCCCCGAGAAAGAGUCCACCCACUGAGGACCAUGAGCUCUGUCCCUAACACUAACACGACACCCGCUUCAAACCCCGCCCCUAACCCCGCCUCAUCCUCUAGAGGCUCUUCCCCUAACCCCGCCUCUUCCUCUAGAGGCUCUUCCCCUAAACCCGCCUCUUCCUCUAGUGGCUCUUCCCCUAACCCCGCCUCUUCCUCUAACCCCAACUCUUCCUCUAGAGGCUCUUCCCCUAACCCCGCCUCUUCCUCUAGAGCCUCCCACCGGACAGGGACGGAGGGCGGGGGUGCUCAGACAGAGGACUGUUACCGGGUAAGGUUCGUGGCGGAGCAGGUGUCACACCACCCACCCGUCACUGGGUUCUACUGCGAGUGUAAAGAGAGGAACAUGUGCGUCAACACCCACGUCUGGACCCGAAGCAAGUUCAUGGGCAUGUCCAUCGGAGUGUCUAUGGUCGGGGAAGGUGAGCUUUACUGCACAGUACUGGAUCUGGUUAAGACUAGUUUGUUACUACUGUUACUAGGGGUUACAGUGAACAGCACCUACUGAGAGCCAGCUAUACAGUAGUUAUGACUAGGGGUUACAGUGGACAGCACCUACUGAGAGCCAGCUAUACAGUAGUUAU